AUGAUAUAUACCCCAGAAGGCAAUACAAUUAUUUAUGAUAUAAAUCAACGAUUCACACAAACAUUGCAAGCACUCUUAAAUCAACGACAAGAUUUCCUUCAAGAACUGCAACAACACUCAAAUCAAUGGCGUCAACUCACAAAUAAUUUUUUACAACAUCUGAAACAACUCACACAACAACCCACAGAAUAUCAACUACUUUUCGCACAAUAUAAACAGCAUUUCUUACAGUAUCAUCAACAACCUACAGAGCAACAUCUCCUAAUUCUCUCAGACAUUCAGCAACAACUCCUACAAAUUCAGCAACUAUUUAUACUACAACAAUUAUUACAACAAUUUGUGGUCACAAAACCAACAGACUAUCUUGAUGUUGGAGAGUAUUAUAUAAUUAAUAAAAAUGCUUUCGAUAUUUUAAAAAAACACACGGAAAAUAAAGGUAGUAAUAAUGAAUUGGAAUUGGAAAGAAAAAAGUUUGAAUUGGAAAGUAAAAAUAAUGAAUUGGAAAGUAAAAUCAAUGAAUUGGAAAAUAAAAUUAAUGAAUUGGAAAAUAAAAUUAAUGAAUUAGAGAAAAACCAAAAUACAAAACCACAAAAUAAAAUUUUCGAAAACAAUUACCAAAUUCUUCAAAGAAAUUAUCAAAAUAUUCAAACAAAGUGUCAAAACUUUGAAGGAAACUAUCAAGAAAGAAAAAAAUUUGAAUUGAAAAGUAAAAAUAAUGAAUUGGAAAGUAAAAAUAAUGGAUUGAUAAAGCUUCAAAGAGAUUAUCAAAAUCUUCAAAGAGAUUAUCAAAAUCUUCAAACAACUUGUCAAAAUUCUCAAACAAAGUGUCAAAAUCUUCAAACAAAUUGUCAAGAAUUAGAGGCAUUAUUAAAUUCAAAGGAUAUUUAUAUUAAUGGCUUGCUAAAAGAUAAUGAUGACUUAAAGAAAGAAGCUAUUAAAUAUCAAUCAGCUUUGGGCAAUGCAACAAGUUUUCAACUAGGAAGUCAAGAUUCCAAUAGUGCUGGUCAAUUAUCAAAAGAUAUUGGCAAUUUACAUAAAAAUUUAGAUAAAUUUUGUGGGCUGAAAAAAG